AUGACGAUGCGUGAGUACACCGUAUUCAUUGUAGCACUUUUUACUUUGCUCUCAGUAAAAGCUGAAGAGUCCGAAUGUGAGCAUAUAAAUCCUAAUCGCAAACUUAAAGAAUGGGAUUCGUUGGAUCGUAGCGAAUGCAAUGUUACCGAACACAAAUUGAAUAACGAACAUAAACAUUAUAAGUAUUACGAAGAAGGUGUCAACUCCUAUUCAUUUAAUGUGUUGACAAGUGACAAAAUAGGACCGAAAAGAAAUGUGCCAAAGACGUUCCAUGAAUUGUAAGUGUUAAGAAAGUUUAGCGAAACGUUAUAUUACACUUCUAAAAGACAACAUCAAAUAAUAAAAUAGAUUAGAAAAGUGCAGCGUACUUAUUAUUGUAUAGAUUUAUAAAUUAUUUAUAAGAUGCUUUGUGUUUAGAUUUAUUUUUUUAUUUUUCACCUUUUAGAUGUGAAAAAGUCGACUACAGCGAUGUAUCGAAAACAGCGUCGAUUAUUAUAAUAUACCAUAACGAAGCGCUGUCUGUUCUUGUACGCAUGAUCAACGGAAUUUUUGAUCGUACUCCAGAGAACCUUCUUCAGGAAAUUAUUCUAUUCGACGAUUACUCUGAAUCACACUUGAGCAUCGAAGAAUCAUUGAAAGAGUACGCAGAAUUUCACAAAUGGUCAAAAGUCAAGUUUUUGGCAGCUACAGAACGUCAAGGUUUGAUUAGAGCAAAAACAUUAGCAGCCAGAGAAGCUACUGGAGAUGUCGUUGUUGUGUUGGACUCGCAUUGCGAAGUCAAUGAAAGAUGGUUGGAACCGUUGCUGAAAGUUAUACAAGAAGAUCGAAAAACGUAAGGAGUUUACGUUUUUGAAAAUAAAUAUUUGAAAGAAAAUCGUAUAAAAUAUAGAGUUAGUAAGAAAUGAUAUUUAAAGAUAGUAGGAAACUUUGAAUGCUUUUAGUUUCAAAUUUUUAAAACAGAAAUUUCUAUUUAGAAUCGUUGCGCCAAUUGUUGACUUGAUUAAUCCCCAAAACUUUGUGUACGAGCAAAGUAUGGUUGCCAAAGGUGGAUUCGAUUGGGCUUUGAACUUUAAAUGGGAAUACUUUGAUUGGUCGUAUUUCGAUACAGAAGAUCAUAAUGUAAUGCCGUUUGAGUCUCCUGCUUUAUCCGGUGGCUUGAUGGCAAUUGAUCGUGAAUACUUCAAAGAAAUUGGAGAAUUCGACAUGGGAAUGGAAAUAUGGGGCGGUGAAAACAUCGAGAUCUCUAUCAGAGCAAGUUAACAACGAAUUAAUAUCUAUGACCAAAAAAGCCGCUAUGAUGAAUGAAAAGUGAAAAUUGGCAUACCUGUUAAUUUUUUUUUUCAUUUUUGCAAAUAUAAUAUUUACAAAGAAACCCCAAAUAUUUUCUCAAUUUUAGACUUGGCUUUGCGGCGGGAAGAUUAAAAUUGCACCCUGUAGUCGCGUUGGUCACGUCUUCAGAAUGCGUCGUCCUUAUAAGUCUAAACCUGGUGUUGACACCAAUGCCUUGAAUACACUAAGAAUUGCAAAAGUUUGGCUGGGUGAUCAUGAAAAAGACUACUUUAAAGUCAGAAGGAGCGCUGCUCGUUUAGAUGCUGGAGAUCUUAGCGAACGCCUAAGUAUUAAACAGAAACUGGAUUGUAAACCUUUCAGCUGGUUUGUUGAAAACGUUUAUCCAGCACUGAAACCAAAACACGACGAGUUGUAA